AUGACGAUGCCUCAGAAUCCAAGCAAGGGACGGCAGUGGGCUCCCUGGCAACAGGAGCACACGAGAACUAAUGGGGAGCACGUGACAGGAGGAGCUUCAAAUUACGGGGGUGAUCAGCUCAUGGAGCAUGAGAUGGGCUGGACUACACGGCGCAACAUCGCACUACCGUGGGAGAGUCUCACAGAGCAGGCCAGUGUAGCGGUAACAGGAACAGCUCUGUCGGACUGGGAAAGUCAGGCAUCAUGGCAGUUACGACGUAGCGGGCGGCGUCCGUUCCCUCUAACAGGCGGUGUGCAUCCGCAGGCUCGAAAAUGGGUCAAGGAAGUGCAGUGUACUGCGCAGGCGCCUGUUCAGCGCUCAUUAUGGGUGAUCACCGUCUGCGCAUUGCUAUCUGCGCACUGCUGCGCGCAGUUUACGCCCCUCGUCGCCAGCUCGGAGAGCGAGUGCGCCCUGCUUCUGGAGGGUCCCGGCAGGACAAGCGCAUUUGACUACAACCUGAACGCACUCAGAGGAACUUUUGGUUACGGCGGCCAGCACACCUGCAUCACUUACGACGCCGUCAACCAGGCGUACAUCCAGGCGAGGAAGCGCAUCAACGUCGCCCAGCCCAAGACGCCAAUCUGGAAGACGGAGGAGAUAGCGACGGUGGGAGAGCUCCUGCUGGACAUAUCCAUCAACCUCGCCAAAACGUACGGCCUCAGUUACGAAGACAUCGAGAAGGGACUGCCGCUGAUCGACACGUCCAAGACGCUCAUCAGGGAGGUAUGCCCGCCGUUCCUGGCGAACGUGGAAUGCCGCCCGGGGAAGUACCGGCGGUACGAUGGCCUGUGCUCCAACCUGCAGCACCCUACGUGGGGCGCCACCAUGACACCUUUCACAAGGCUGGUGGGCCCCCUGUACGCGGACGGCAUGACGGCCCCGAGGAUCAGUGUGAUGGGGACGCAGCUCCCACUGCCCAGGAUCGUGUCCAGGACGGUACACCCAGACGAGGGCUUCCAUGACCACGCGGGGACGGUGAUGGUGGUGGCCUGGGGGCAGUUCAUGGAUCACGACUACACGCUGACAGCCACGCCUCUGGACCCACUGAACCGCAAUGAGCCUGAGGAGUGCUGCAACAGGCCAGCCCAUCUUAAGAACCCCUACUGCCUCGAGAUACAUAUCCCAGCCGACGACUACUUCUACAGCCUGUUUGGUUUGCGAUGCCAGGACUUUGUGCGGGGCUUUCCUGCUGUCAGGCCUGGCUGCAGGCUUGGUUCAAGGGCUCCAUUCAACACUCUGACAGGAGUUUUAGAUGGCAACACGGUUUAUGGAGUUUCUGAAAAGUUUGCUAGACACCUGAGGGCAGGAUAUGGUGGCCUCUUGCGAAUGAACCCUGUAUUCACAGAGUUUGGACUGAAGGAUCUACUGCCACUUAAACUGGAUAUACCUGAUGAGGGCUGUACACGUCCCAACAGGUCCAUGUACUGUUUUGAGGGAGGUGAGAUUCGAGUGAACGAGCAGUUGGUCCUGACAUGUAUGCACACCCUCAUGGCAAGAGAACACAAUCGUGUGGCUCAUGCUCUGUCUCAGAUCAACCCUCACUGGGAUGAUGAAACGCUAUACCAGGAGGCUCGGCGCAUUGUCAUUGCUGAGAUCCAACACAUAACCUACAACGAGUUCCUACCAAUCAUCCUAGGCAAAGAAGUCAUGGAGAAGUUUGGACUCCUUACACAGAAAGAGGGAUACUGGGAUGGAUACGACCCGAAUGUCAAUCCCAAUGUAAUCGAUGCAUUCGCUGCAGCUGCCUUCAGAUUUGGUCAUUCUCUCUUGCCUACAGCCAUCGAGCGAUGGAGUAAAGCACACAAGUUCAUCGCUUCUCGACGGCUUUCUGACCUGAUACGACAACCUUACGACUUGUACCGUGCUGGGGUUCUGGAUGAGUACUUCAUGGGACUAAUGAAUCAGGUUGCACAAGCGAUGGAUGAUUCUGUCACACAGGAGGUAACAAACCACUUGUUCAAGAAACCAGGAGCACGUUUUGGGAUGGAUUUGGCUUCAUUUAACAUGCAGAGAGGUCGUGAAUUUGGUCUCCCUGGAUAUAUGGAAUUCAGGAAAUUCUGUGGACUUCCUGAUGCUCACUCUUUUGAUGAACUUUUUGGCUCAAUGUCUAAUGAAACCAUCAGGAGAUAUGCUUCAAUCUAUGAGCAUCCCUCUGACGUGGACCUCUGGUCUGGGGGUGUCUCUGAGAGGCCCCUGCCUGGCAGCAUGGUCGGACCGACAUUUGCCUGCAUUAUUGCCACGCAGUUCAGCUACUCCAGACGUGGCGACAGGUUCUGGUAUGAGCUGGGUAACCAGCCUUCUUCCUUUACUCCAGAGCAACUGCAGGAGAUCAGGAAGGCAAAGCUGUCUCGUGUCAUUUGUGACAACACUGACCUAAUUGACACCAUUCAGGUGUAUCCCAUGGUACUACCAGACCAUGAGAUAAACCCAAGAGUGCCAUGUCGAAGUGGGGUAAUCCCAGGUAUCGAUCUCACCAAGUGGGCAGACUUCGCUGCACCUGCCGCUGUCCCUGGAGCAACGCCGUUCGUGAGUAACUUAGCUUCCAUCUUCGACCACAUUGGCAAGAAGUAGACCCUGCACACAGCAAUGGACAUGGCUCCCCUACGCAAUGUACAUUUCUACACUCAAGAUGGAGUGCUUUUGUGUGUACCAGUUGGUAUUGGGUAUCGGUAUGAGUGUGUAUGUGUAUAUAGCAGAGCGUCACAAGUUUUUACUAAAGAAACAAAACUAAAAAAGUGUAUAUACUAGUAAAUACUACAACUGUGGGAAGGUAAGAUGUGCCAGGUCAAGUCAAAUAACAGUGAAUCUUCUUAGAAACAUUCUUAAAUACAGAGAAAGGUGAAAGUACAGAAUCAGGCAAGUCACACAGCCUCCUGACUUCUGGAAUGGCUGAAUUCUUUCACUGAGUAACCAAUUCUGCAAUAAGGUAUCCAUUAACUUAAACAUGCAGUAGGAGGCUUUGAUAGAUGCUGUAUGUCAGAUGUCACUUUGUGUACAUACAUAAAUAUAGAUAGACUCUCGUUUGAGCAUUACAGCGGAGAGUUUAACUAUAACAGAGCAUUUACAGUUGGUAAUGCAAAUAAAUGUUUCAGACAUCAUCCCUUGACAUGUGUUCUAGCUAGAUGUGAUUUCUAUUGAACUUCUGCAUCAAGUAUGAGAGCAAAAAAAUGCACAAGCUUCCUUUAGCCGCGCACUGUACCACACACUUCAUCUCUUUGCUUGUAAAUACACAUUAAUCAUAACAUGCCAUGCCUGAAUUGCAUAUUUCUUGAAUAGAUUUCCCUCAGUGUUUCUGUUUUAAACUGAAUAAAAUCACCAAAAUAUGUUCAAUAUUUUCUGAGUGACAAGAUAUGUAUAUUUUGGGGAGAAGUCUAACGUUUCAGAAACAUCCUCUGUCAACAUCAUCAGGGAAUGAUUCCCUGAUGAUUACCAUUUCUCUGAAGCAUUGGACUCUGCUAUG